CGAGGGGCAGUGUCAAGAUGAUCGUCUUAUGGAUGACAUUGUUUGCUCUUCGUCAAGGAUAUUCUCUGGUUUCAGUGAAAACAGUUCAACUUGGUGAACCAGUGACCUUAACAUGUGCUUUACCCAAAGGGCUCCAGAGUGGAGAAGUCCACUGGUACAAGCAGAAUCACGGGGAUACCCUAAAGUUAAUUAUGACAUCGUUUAAAUCUACACCACCGGAAUAUGGUCCUGCAUUUUCUCAAUCAAGAUUUAAGGUAGAUAAAGAUAACAAUUUCAGCAAUGUGACUAUUUUGAAGACAGUCCAAGAGGACGAGGGAAUCUAUCACUGUGGGCUCACAGAGUGGAUUAGGACUAACUGGAGUGGCACAUAUUUGUUUGUAAAAGGAAACAAUCAGAAAACAUCAGUAGUUGUUCAACAGCUGAUAGGAUCAAAUCCAUUCCAUCCAGGAGACAAAGUGACUCUCCAGUGUUCAGUCUCUGACUCUGUCAGCAAGACGUGUCCAGGAGGUCUCAGAGUUCUUUGGUUCAGAGACAGAUCUCAUGAAUCUCAUCCAGUCAUUUACGCUAAUGUAAAUACACAUAAUGAAUGUGAGAAAAGAUCUGAUACUCAGAAGACAUGUGUUUAUCACUUCACUAAGAACGUCAGCUCCUCCGAUGCUGGGACUUAUUACUGUGCUGUGGCCACAUGUGGGGAGAUAUUAUUUGGAAAUGGAACGACACUCGAACUUAAGCAAGCCAAAAAAAUGGAGUUUCUUCAAAUAGCCUUAAUAGUCUGUUUGGCCAUUUCUGUCAUUGGGAAUAUUUUCCUUGUUUGCAAACGAAGAAUAUGUACACAAGUUAAAGAAAGUGCAAUAACUGAAGCACAAAAUGACGCCUUACGCAAACCGACCGAAGCUGAUGAAGAAUUAAACUAUGCUGCACUAAAUUUCUCUGAAAGAAAAACGAGAGGAAGAAAGAAGCGAGAGCCCGCUGAGGAGAGCGUCUACUCUCAAGUUAAAUGAUAGAACUGAAAUUUCAAGUGAGCCUGACAUCCUGUUACAGAACCUGUGUUUGAAACUCUUUGAUUUUACUCUUUUUAACUUAAAGGUCUGUUUUUUACUAAUUAUAUUUGGACUCUCAAAGCCCGUAACAUAGUUUUGUUGCAUUUUUUGUCAUCCCUGAUUGAACUGUA